CGCCGUUCCGAAGGGCGGGGGCGGGGCGCGCCGGAGAGUCGGAGCGCUGGCCGCCGGUUUUGAUUAGUGCGCGGAGCUGCGGCGGCGGAGCAGGGUGCGGAGUUGUGCGGCCCGGGGCCGGGCGGCGAGGCGGCGGGGCGUUGGCAUCGGGGGCGCAGGCGCGCAGGGUCCGGCCGGCGACCGCGAGGGUGUGGAGAGGCGAGCCUGAGCGCGGGCCACGGUCGCUCUGACCACGGAGCCCGGCCACCGCAGCGCCCGCAGCAGCGAGCGCGCCUAGGACAGAGCGCGAACGAGUGCGCGCGGGCGGGGCGCGCAGGCCCUGCCCGCCCCUUCCGUCCCCAACCCCCUCCGCCCCUUCCUCUCCCCACCUUCCUCUCCCCUACUGCGCCCCCGCGCCGGGCGCCCACCCUGUCCUCCUGCGGGAGCGCGGUCCGCGGCGGCGGCCGGAGCGGGCCAGGCCAGGCCGGGGGAUGGCGCUCCUGGACCUGGCCUUGGAGGGAAUGGCCGUCUUCGGGUUCGUCCUCUUCUUGGUGCUGUGGCUGAUGCAUUUCAUGGCCAUCAUCUACACCCGAUUACACCUCAACAAGAAGGCAACGGACAAACAGCCGUAUAGCAAGCUCCCAGGCGUGUCUCUUCUGAAGCCCCUGAAAGGGGUAGAUCCUAACCUAAUCAACAACUUGGAGACAUUCUUCGAAUUGGAUUACCCCAAAUAUGAAGUCCUCCUUUGUGUACAAGAUCAUGAUGAUCCAGCCAUUGAUGUAUGUAAGAAGCUUCUUGGAAAAUACCCAAAUGUUGAUGCUAGAUUGUUUAUUGGUGGCAAAAAAGUUGGCAUUAAUCCUAAAAUUAAUAAUUUAAUGCCAGGAUAUGAAGUUGCAAAGUAUGAUCUGAUAUGGAUUUGUGAUAGUGGAAUAAGAGUAAUUCCAGACACACUCACUGACAUGGUUAACCAAAUGACAGAGAAAGUAGGCCUGGUUCAUGGUCUGCCUUAUGUAGCAGACAGACAGGGCUUUGCCGCCACAUUAGAACAGGUAUAUUUUGGAACUUCUCAUCCAAGGUCAUAUAUCUCUGCCAAUGUAACUGGUUUCAAAUGUGUGACGGGAAUGUCUUGUUUAAUGAGAAAGGAUGUUUUAGAUCAAGCAGGAGGGCUUAUAGCUUUUGCUCAGUACAUUGCUGAAGAUUACUUUAUGGCCAAAGCCAUAGCUGACCGAGGCUGGAGGUUUGCGAUGUCCACUCAGGUUGCAAUGCAAAACUCUGGCUCUUACUCAAUUUCCCAGUUUCAAUCCAGAAUGAUCAGGUGGACCAAAUUGCGAAUUAACAUGCUUCCUGCUACAAUAAUUUGUGAGCCAAUUUCAGAGUGCUUUGUUGCCAGUUUAAUUAUCGGAUGGGCAGCCCACCAUGUAUUCAGAUGGGAUAUUAUGGUAUUUUUCAUGUGUCAUUGCCUGGCAUGGUUUAUAUUUGACUACAUUCAACUCAGGGGUGUCCAGGGUGGCACACUGUGUUUCUCAAAACUUGAUUAUGCAGUAGCCUGGUUCAUCCGUGAAUCCAUGACAAUAUACAUUUUUUUGUCGGCAUUAUGGGACCCUACCAUAAGCUGGAGAACUGGUCGCUACAGAUUGCGCUGUGGAGGCACAGCGGAGGAAAUUCUAGAUGUAUAACGACAGCUUUGUGACUGUACAUAAAGGAAAAAAAGAGAAGUAUUAUAAAUUAUGUUUAUAUAAAUGCUUUUAAAGAUCUACCUUCAGUAGUUUUAUCACAUGUAUGUUUGAUACCUGUUCUUUAAUUUAUUUUGCAUGGCACUUGCAUCUGUGAAGAAAAAAAAAAACACAUCUGUAGUCUUGGCCAAAUGGUACACUUUAUUUUGUGGAAGUAGUGAAUCAAGAGAAUUGGUUCUAGGAACCUGGGUUUGGUUUUUGUUGUUGUUUGUUUAUUUUUUAAAAAUAAAUAAAUAUAUAUAUAUAAAAUAUAUGAAUGCUCUGCAACAAACACUAUGACAGUAUCCUUCAGUAGAGAAAGUUUCUUAUUUGUGAGUACACUCUUUUAGAACAUUCAUGGGAUGGCAGCAGCUUUGUUUUGGGGUUUAGGAAAGGCUAGAAAGUAAUCCCUUUACGUGUCUAAAGUGAAAGGUAUUAUGUGGUGGACAGCCCACAGUGGGGUACUAACUAAGAAACUUUUUCAUGCUCUAUGCCUACCUCUUGUAGUUGUUGCAGAGCAAAUAUAAAUUGUAAUAAGGUAGCUAGGCCUUGCAAAAACAAAUGGGAAAACUUUAAAAAUAAUAAUAAAAGAGCUGGAGUCUAGUAUUUAUAUGAAUCUGUGAGAGAGAUUUUUUUUGUCUCACUGCAAUGAACCAAAAGUGGUUGAGUUGGGUUUUUAAUUGUAGCCAUGUAUUGAAGGCAUCCUUUUGACCAACUCCUGUUGGUUCUGUCUUGAACCAUUGUUAAUCACUGUGCUGGUAAACCUUUCCUUCCUUGCUCCUUACCCGACCCCACCCCAUCUUUCCUGAACUUUUUUUUUGGGGGGGGGGCGGUGGUGGUGGUUUUGUUUUAGUGUGAGUGGAUGUUUUGAUAGUUGUGAGGAAAAAUGCAUUUCAGACACAUUUCACACAUGAGCUAUUUUCUUACACAGUAUGUCUUAUUGUUAAAAAGAAUGUAAUUUCAUGAUACAGGUAUUUAAUAUCUUUUUUAAGUAAGUAAAUAUUCUAGCCAUCAAAUAAAUUGCAGUAGAGUAUUAAGUGGGGACAAGAUGAGUUUUCCUCUUAAAAUUAAUCAGUAUCAAACUAAGUCUACUGUGUAUGUGUUUUUUUUUUUUUUAACUCUUACAGUUAGUCUAGUCUUAUUUAAAUUGGAUUUUUGUAUUCCAGUUUGUAUGACAGAAUAGACUAGAUCGGCGCUAGUUGUAAAUGCAUGCUGUCUUUCACUCUUCUCCCCAUCCUGCCGCUAAACUUGCUUGUCAGGUUGUACUUAACUUGUGGUGAACUGGACUAGUUACUGUUUUUUUUUUAAAAAAAAAUAGGCAAAAUGUAAGGGACAGUGCAUAAGCCUUUUUUUUUCUGUAGUGGAAUUUUUGCUUUUUCUUCAGGAUUGGAUGGCAUGUUGUCCACAUGAACGCCUGCUGCAGGGCUGACGCCAGCAAUAUGGCAGCUUUAAAGUCUAAGUUACUACAGUUUCCGUGUCAAAGCAUCAUGUGUAGCAUAUCAGCAAUAAUUACAUAUUUAUAGAAAAUGGACACAUUGUCACUGCACUGAGCCAAUUCAUUUAAUUGUCUAAUGACUAACAUGGUUUCAAUUGUAAUGUAGCUAUUAAUGUGUAUAUACUAUGUAUACACAUUAUGUAUAAGCUUUUCUCUGGGCCAAACUGCUUCAUUCAAAAAAAAAAAAUUAUUAUUAUUUUUUUUUUUUUUGCGCCUUAUGACAAAUUUGGAGGGCAUUUUUUUCAUGAACAAAGGCUUUGAUGCAUAUUCCUUUCUAUGUGAAAUGGGUAGUAGUGUUCCCUGAGGAAAGUUGCACAGUGAAAACCAGUCUAGUUGUGACCCACUUUGUGUUUUUUUUUUAAUCUCUAUUACACAAGUUGAGUUUUACUGAAUUUGUAAUUUGUCGGUUUGUUUAAUGAAGUUUGGUUGAUGCCAUCUUUUGCACUGCUGAAGUGAAAUCUUGCUUAUUAGUUAGCUUUUUGCUAAUCUCAGUAUGGGCAAUGUAACAACGAAUCCAAAUGGCUGGACAGACUUCUUGUGUUUUGUAAAUAUAAAAAUGACUGUUCUGUAUGUGUGUUUUCUGUGGUAAAGUGAAGCUUCACUUAGAGUGAUUCUUUGUUUAGCAAGUUUAGAGUGGUGAUAAUAUGGUAAGAAAUAAUAUAAAUGUUGAAGGAAGCAUCACAACAGAACUGUAGGAGUCCAAAUUUAAAACAAAAAUACCAACAAGUAUCUAGAAUAUACCACAUUUUAUUAUUUAAAAUCAUUGUAUUAAGUUUUUUGUUCAAAAUAAAAAUUUGAAUACAAUCAAAACAUUAACAAUAAUGUAUUUUUAUUUACUGUCUUUCCUUUUUUUAUUUUAUAUUUUUGUAAAUAACAUGUUCCACCAUUCAUAGCAGAAUUACUGGGAGAAUUCUGUCAAGUGUUAAUUUUGAAAUCUUCCUUUUUACCUGCACUACAGUCAGGCUUAUGGCUUCACAUUGGGCUUUUCUACGUUGGUUGCAUGUUAGAACCACCCAGAGAACUUUAAAAAAAAAAAAAAAUACAGAUGCCUCGCCCUUGCCCACAGGAGAUUCUGGUUCAGUUAUUCUGGGGUGAGGCCUGAGCUCUGCUUGUUCUGAGCAGGCAGACCUGAGAAGCUUUGGCCCUUUUUGGCCCCUUUGGCCCCCCCCCCUCCCGCCUUGGCUCACAGCCUGACUCAGCCUCUUAGAUGGUACCACUCCAGUGGCUGGGAAAGGAAAGAAAUGGCUCCACUGGCUGGAGACCCAGAUGGGAGAUUGCUAAGCCCGCCCCCCCGCGCCCCCCCCCCACUGUCCAGGGCCAGGCUCCUCCCAAGCUGGAGGCAUUUCCAGGCCUAUUUCACCAUCAGCCUGUGAGGGCAGAAUACUUUUAACUGGAGAGCAAGAUCCCAGGGGAGGAAGAGUCUGAAAAGAAUUUGAAAUGAUGAAAAUGUUUUGCCGUAAAACAGCAGUGAUGGUUGCACAACCUUGUGAAUAGACAAAAAACCCUGAAUUGUAUACUUUAAAAGGCAGAUUUUAUGGUCUGUUAAUUAUAUCUGAAUUUUUUAAAAUAAAUAAAGGAAAUCGUGAAACCACCAUUAAUGUAUUAUUUCCUUCCAGUCUUCUGAUACCUGUUGCCGAAAUGGUUCGAGAAAGUGCGCAGAGCUGCUCGUUGUUUGGUAUCCUUGCUCAAACACAGAAUGGCCGGUUUCAAAAUCUUUCUAAAAUUGAGAGAUGAAAAUAUUGUACCUCCUUGUUUAAACAAGGAGUUUUUGGGUUUUUUUUUUUUUUAAAGUAGGCUCCACGCCCAGCGCAGAGCCCAAUGCAGGGCUUGAACGCAGAACCCUGAGAUCAAGACCUGAGCUGAGAUCAAGAGUCGGAUACCCAGGUGCCCCUCAACAUACGGAUUUUUUUAAAUGACUGGCAAAAUUGAGUAUUUUUGUAUGUAUGAUUUAUAACCACUGGAAUAGUGAGGGUCUUAAUGCGUCCUUAUUGUAUAUUCCAAGUCUUGUCUCUUAAUCAUAAUAAACAAUUUACAU